GCUAGGACCGAGGUGGUAGACGCGCAGGUACGCAUGCCGAACCGCCUCGAGGGAGGGGAUGACGAGCUUUUCGACGCUUCCCAGCUCCGACGCCAGCCCGAGCCUCAGUCUAACAUUAGCUAUGGUGAAGUGACUGUGUGCAAUUCACUUUUACUGGAAAAAGUACACAACACUAAAGGUUUUUCUUCUUUUAAAACAAGGACUAUAACAAUUGAAAAGAACAGUUUCCAGGAUUCUAAUCGGUGCUGGUAAGAUGUGGAGAGGUAAAGCCGUGGGGGUGGGGGCCAGGUUGAGAUGGCAGCUCCAGUGAGAGAUAGCUCAUCUGCUGGGAAUCAACCGACCACGGCCAACUUUGAGUACGAUGAUAACGAGUGGGACAUAGGCAUAGGGGAUCUUAUCAUUGACCUUGAUGCGGAUAUAGAAAAGACGGGAGUGGGGGAAGGCAUGGCCGCCCCCAAACCUGGUAAGAUGCAUUCUCCGGUCGAACACCAAGCCACAGUGGAUAAAGGCUUGAAAAUGAAAAUCAAGAGGACCAAGCCGGGGACCAAGCAUGAAAUCGUGAAAAGCGGAGAGAACGGUGAAAAACAUGCGAACAGCGCGAAAAGGGGGAGCAGUAGUCAUAAAAGGGAUAAAAAACACGGAGACAAACUGACGCAGAAGGACGUGAACGGUUUAGUGAGGUGCAUCGAGAAGAUGGUUUAUCCGGUGUCUUCGUCGUCCGUAAAGGAAAAAGACCCGCAGGGUUCGGGUAUGAAAAAAGUGAAACCGAACAUGGGUGCCGGUAGUGGUGGAAGCGGUAAUUCGGGCAGUGGGAAUAGCGGGAGUGGGAAUAACGUUAGCAGUAGCAGCAGCUCGAGUAGUGUUAGUAGUAGUAGUAGUAGUGAGAGUAGUGCCGUUUCGGGCAGUGCCAGUUCGUCGUCGAACCAACAGCAGCAGCAACAGUCGCAGCCGUCUCCGCCGCAACAGCAGUCGACGAGUUCGUUGUCGCAGCAAUCCGCUCAAUCUCAACAGUCGUCCGCUCAGCAGUCGGCGCAGCAGGCCCAGCCUUCGGCUCCGCCGGCUCAGUCGCAACAGCUACAGCAGUCGCAAGCGGGGCCGCAGCAGCAGCAACAACAACAGCCGCAACAGCAACCAGCCCAACAGCAGUCCUCUCAACCGCAUAGACUGAUCGCACAAGUUCCUGGGGCGGCUUUGACUCAUCAGCCGUCCAAUCAAUCUCAUUUGACGGCUCCUCCACCGCUUUUACCCCCUAUGCUUCAGAAGUCGCAGCCGCCCAAGCUCAUGCCGCCGCUUCUAGCACCUUUGGACUUGCCUUCUCAUUGUCUUCCUUCCCCACCAACGCUUCAAGUCCAAGUUACCUCGCAACUUCCGACAAUCUCGCCUACCAACACUCCACCACCUCUCCAUAAGGAUUUGGUGGAUGUUUGUGUUGGAACCAGCGUGGGAACAAUCACGGAACCGGACUGCCUCGGACCUUGCGAACCAGGAACCAGCGUUACGUUGGAAGGGAUUGUCUGGCAUGAAACUGAAGGUGUAUUGGUGGUGAAUGUGACAUGGCGGGGGAAGACCUACGUCGGUACAUUACUCGAUUGUACACGGCAUGACUGGGCACCGCCCAGAUUUUGUGAUUCUCCUACGAGUGAUUUGGAUUUAAGGACCCCAAAAGGUCGUGGUAAGAGAGGAAGAAGUGCGGCUCAUUCUAAUCUGAACGACCUUAGUAACUUUACUGAAACGAGGAGCUCUGUACAUAGCAAACUUAGAAGUAAUAAUUCUUCAGGGCCUAAAGGUAGAAGGGGCCCUGGAGCCGCUAGUCCCACACCGUUUGCCACUCCAAAGAGUGACACUCCGGGUAAAAGGAAAACCAAAACCCACGAGGAAGAACCUCCGUUGAAAAAGAAAGUUCCACCUUCUCAACCUACUAGUCCUUUGCCGCCGCCAGUGCUAUUAGAGUGUCCAGAACCUAAUUGUUCCAAAAAAUAUAAGCACAUCAACGGAUUGAAGUACCAUCAGUCACACGCUCAUGGAUCUCCGGAUGAUGAUGAAACCAAAGAAUCAGGAACGUCGGAAGAGGAAGUUCAAAGCCCUAUGCCUGAUAUUAAGAAAGACGAACCGAUAGAUAUACCUCCGCCAAAUUUAUGUGAGGAACCUGUAAUGGAACCUGACGAAAAGACUGGGAUCAGGUUUACCGAUGAAUCUAGUUUGAGAGUAAAUACUGUUCCGACGUCUCCCUUAACGCGUGCUCCGACGCCUCCAGUGCUGAUCCCUUCGCCAUCUGAAGACGAACAACAUAUAAACGUAUCAUUACAGCCGCCAAUUUUAACAAAAGUCCAACAGUUUAAAGUAAAGACAACUGCUGUGCUCAUGCCAGAUGACAAGAAGCCCGUGGCGUCUCCUCCUACAUCCUCUAAUAAAAACCAACAACAAAGCAGUAAGAAAAAGAACAACAGAAAAUCGCCGGCAGGCAGUCCCCAUCCUAGCCCUAUUGAACCGCCCUCUUUGGGUAUCGAAACUGGCAGAGAAGAAGUACAAUCUCCUGCAUAUUCAGACAUAUCCGAUGAUGCUGCUCCAUUGUUAGAAUCUGAAGUAGAAGGAAAACCUAAAACGACAGGUGAUAAAAAAGAUCCGGGACAAUCACCACAACUGCAACAUUUCAAUAUGUAUCCCUAUUAUGGGCAGCCUCCGUAUCUAGUCCCUUCGGUUGAGACUAAAUCUAAAGAUCAAGGGUCUGAAAAAGUAGAUGGUAAGCCGGUCGAUAAAGAUAAAAAAGAAGGUAAUGGUGAAUUCUCCCAAAAGAUGAUUCAACCUCAUUAUUACCAGUAUGCAUAUCAUCUUCCAGGGUAUUCAUAUAAUGUGGAUUCUUAUCCUGUCGUUUUAGAUGAUAAGAAAGAAGAAAAAAAUAUACCAACUUCAGAUAGCAAACCGAUAACCAAUAAUACAUUGCACAUUCCAAACCCUUCUAAGCCCAAAACAGAAAUGGGUAUCUCUAAAGAAAAACAUCAAAAUGAAAACCAUCAAAUUCUCAAAGAAAGUAUAGAGUUGAAAGCCCAGGUCAAUCCUGGUAUGUUAUUUCAAAGGCAGGGACAAGACGUAGGUAGGUAUUACUUGUACCCGGAUAGAAAAGAGAGUGGGUCGACAAAAGCGACACCGCCUCCUCCUAAAACAUUACCUUCUCCUGGACCGAAGCACAAGGAAAAAACUGAAGAAAAAAAGGAACGAAGAGAAGAUGAAAAGAAACAAGAAGGUGUUAAACCGACAAUGGAAACUCAAGGGCCACCUCCACCACCGACCUCACAGUACGCUUAUAUCCAUCCGGGUUAUAUGCAGUCCCCUCACUAUGGGACGUUACCCUUUGAUCCAAGCCAUCCAAUGUAUCGAGGCAUGAAUCCCAUGCUCGUAUCCGGAUAUCCAAAUUCGCCGUAUCUGCACCCACAAUUACAUGCUGUGCCAAGGUACGCACCUGAAGAUUUAUCUAGAUCUCAAAGUGGAAAAGCUCUUGAUUUAUUGCAGCAUCAUGCUAGCCAGUACUAUUCACACCCUUCUCAUAAAAUACAUGAAUUGCAGGAGAGAGCGAUAAAAUCGCCUACUCCUAAAGUGUCAACAGCCACAUCAUCUCCUUCAUCAGCUCCAAACGGGUCUACACCAGUCCCAGUGACAACAUCGCCGUCAAUACAAGUUCAGACCAAACCCACUGGAUCUGAGAAUAAAGACAGCAGCAGGUCUCCCCCUCCUCAGAGACAUGUACACACCCAUCACCACACACACGUUGGUCUCGGUUAUCCUAUAUUAGCUGGCCAAUAUCCUGCUCCUUAUGGAGCUGCUGUACUAGCAACAGAACAUGCUGCUGCUGUUUCAUCAGUCCCUUACCAAGCCAAAUGAUUUUAAUUACAUCAUUUAACCAGUCUGUAAAUUAAUGUAAUAUAAAAAUUGAUAAUUUGUUUAUUUUUCACAUGUCUAGUUUUGUAUAGCUUAGUUAGUGACAAAAAAAAAAUGCUUCAGGCAUUUGGAAAUUUAAAAUGUGUACAGAAGUCUUUGAAAAUGUUGUAGAUAUAAUUUUAAUAUAACAUAUGCGCGCGUGUGUGUAUUUGUGUGUGUGUGUCUGUCCGAAAGGCAGACAAUGGAGUGUUUGCGGGCACAUGUACAAUCAACGUUCAGAUGACACGCAAAAACAAACCCACACGCACAUAUGCACACACCUCCUAGUCUCUUAAAAUCUGUUAUUAUAUAAUUGUAUCUACUGAAAUGGUGCACAAGUAGGCAAUAUUUGUAUCACACACGAU